AUGAAAGAGGACGAGGGCUUCAAUAAUGAAAUCAUCGAGGUGCUCUUCUUUAAGACAGCGAUGCGACGUAAAGCGUUGAAGAAAGGUCAUUUGGUGGACGUUGUGUCACGAGUUGGCUACCACUACACCGUUCCACUUCGAGAAGUGGUCGACGAGAUCGUCUGGCUGUGUGAGCUUGGAGGUUGCGUCAAUGCAAACAAGUUCAACCCGGUCGCCUCCUUUACCACUACCGCCGUGCUCAGUCAGACGUGCUCCAAGGAGACAAAGUGCACCACCAAGGCGUGCUGCAGCAAGUGGGGCAACUGCGGCUACGGGCCUGACUUUUGCGAGAAUGACUGCCAGAAUGACUGCGACGCCAAGCCGGAGUGUGGGCAGUACGCGGAGAAGGGCAAGGAGGAGUGUCCGCUGAAGGUGUGCUGCAGUCAGUUUGGCUUCUGCGGCACGACGGCUGAUUUUUGCAAGAGUGAUGGCUGCCAGUCGGGCUGCACCACUCCACCUCAAAAGUCCUGCGACUCGGCUCGGCCCCUGCUGAACAUUGGCUACUACGCCUCAUGGUCUUCCACCAGGAGGUGUCACGCCUUCACCGUGGACAACAUUGACCCGCGCAAUUACACGCAUCUCAACUACGCCUUCGGCAGCAUCUCCGGCGGACUGAUGGUCGACCCGAGUGGUGGUGAUGAGGCGGAGAAGAUGGCCGCCUUUGUCCACCUGAAGGCCAUCAAUCCCGACCUGAAGGUGCUCAUCUCCGUGGGCGGCUGGGCCUUCAACGACCCCGGUCCGACGAGGGAGGAGUUUCACAACAUUAUCUCCUCGGAGGGCUCGCGGUCGGCCUUCAUCAGCUCAGUCUCGAGCUACCUAAGUCGUUUUGACUUUGACGGCAUUGACAUUGACUAUGAGUAUCCGACGGCGGAUGACCGGGGAGGAUAUCCGGAAGACACAGAAAACUACCUCAAACUGGUGGAGGAGAUGCGGGCGGCGCUGGGAGAGAAGGUGCUGAUCACCAUUGCGGCGCCCGCCUCCUACUGGUACCUCCGUCAUUUUCUCAUUGGACGAAUGUCCAAGUCGCUCGACUGGAUCAACGUCAUGACCUAUGACAUUCACGGCGUCUGGGACAAGGGCAUCGACAGUCUGGGGCCGUACGUCAAGUCGCACACUAACAUCACUGAAAUCAAGGAGGCCAUUGCCCUCUUCCUCCGCGACGGCGUACCACCGGAGAAGCUGGUCCUCGGCCUCGGUCUCUACGGCCGUGCUUUCACCCUGAAAGACCCGAGCUGUACGGCAGUCGGCUGUGAGUUUUCCGGUCCCUCAAAGGCGGGCGAGUGUACGGACGCAGAGGGGACGCUGGCCUGGUUUGAGAUUGCCGACAUUGCCGCGAAGAAGGACGUCAGUCCGAAGUAUGAUGAGCAGUCAAUGUCGGAAAUUAUGGUCUGGGGCGACCAGUGGGUGGCCUUUGAUGACGAUAAGACGUUGUCCAUGAAACGGGAGUACGCCAGUUCCAGUUGCUUCAAGG